GAUUUGUAGUUCUGCCAUACGCAAAAUCGCAGUUAGAUAGGAGCAUAAAAUGACUACUAAAGGAAUCGAGAAUGUUAACCCACAGCGAUUUGUCAAAAAGACUAAAAGAGAAGUUACGAUAGAAGAAGAAGACGAAUCUGUUAAGGACCCUAUAGAUGAAAGGGAAAUAUUCGAUUUAUUAAGGGAUAUUAGUGAUCCUGAACAUCCAAUGUCACUUGAAGAACUGAAUGUUGUACAAAUUACAAACAUUGAAGUCGAUGAUCAUAAAAACAGUGUGAAAGUCUUUUAUACUCCAACUAUUCCUCACUGCAGCAUGGCAACAUUAAUAGGACUAUCCAUCAAAGUUUGCCUUCUAAGGUCACUACCUCCCAGGUUUAAAGUGGAAGUGAACAUUUCACCAGGUUCUCAUGCAUCUGAAGAAGCUGUUAACAAACAGCUAGCUGACAAAGAGAGAGUUUCUGCUGCUUUGGAAAACAGUAACUUGUUGGAAGUUGUCAAUCAAUGCAUAGUCAAAAGUUUAGAGUGACCCUUUUUAUCAAUUUCAUAUGAGAUGAAAAUGCAAUUUGUUUUAAUGGAA